GCUUUUAAAAGCUGAAGCUCGCCCUGAUUCUGUCCUUUUCCAUUUGUUCUAAGACGCUAUUGGCGAAAUCGUUGGACAUGCGCUCGAUCUGACGUGUUUUCUUAUCUAGCUCAAUGAGGACCUACCUCAGAUGGUCCAGGGUGUUUUCUCCGACCAAAUAGAUCUGCAGAUCCAGGCCACCACCAAGUUCAGGAAGCUCUUGUCCAAAGAGCGCAACCCCCCUAUCGAAGAGGUUAUCAAGACAGGCGUUGUCACCAGAUUCGUCGAAUUUCUUCGAUCUCCUCACACGCUGGUCCAGUUCGAGGCUGCCUGGGCUUUGACUAACAUCGCCUCAGGUAGUGCCGCCCAGACCCAGGUCGUCAUCGAGGCCGGCGCUGUUCCUAUCUUUGUGGAAUUACUUGCCAGUCCUGAGCCUGACGUCCGGGAACAAGCUGUUUGGGCUCUUGGAAACAUUGCUGGAGAUAGCCCUUCAUGCCGAGACUAUGUUCUGAGCUGCGGCGCCCUGAAGCCUCUACUCAAUUUGCUCGGCGACAGCCGCAAGCUUAGCAUGCUGCGAAACGCGACAUGGACCCUCAGCAACUUCUGUAGAGGCAAGACUCCUCAGCCAGACUGGGUCACCAUCGCACCCGCACUUCCUGUCCUCGCCAAGCUUGUCUACUCUCUUGAUGACGAAGUCUUGAUUGACGCUUGCUGGGCCAUUUCGUACUUGUCAGAUGGGUCUAACGACAAGAUUCAAGCAGUCAUCGAGGCUGGCAUUCCCCGACGACUGGUCGAGCUCCUUAUGCAUGCAUCAACUAGUGUUCAGACGCCUGCACUUAGAUCUGUUGGCAACAUAGUUACUGGUGAUGAUGUGCAGACCCAAGUGAUCAUCAACUGUGGUGCUCUAUCCUGUCUAUUGUCGCUGCUCAGCUCUAACAAAGACGGUAUUCGAAAGGAAGCUUGCUGGACCAUUUCAAACAUUACUGCUGGGAACUCACAGCAAAUCCAAGCCGUCAUCGACGCCAACAUCAUCCCACCUCUAAUUCAUCUGCUCUCCAAUGGGGACUUGAAGACUCGGAAGGAGGCUUGCUGGGCCAUCAGCAACGCUACAAGCGGCGGUCUUCAAAAGCCUGAGCAGAUUCGAUACUUGGUGACCCAAGGCUGCAUCAAGCCUCUCUGUGACCUCCUCGCGUGCCCCGAUAACAAGAUUAUCCAAGUUGCAUUGGACGGCCUAGAAAAUGUUCUCAAGGUGGGUGACCUCGACAAGCAAGCGGCUGGAGACGGCCCUGAAUCGAUCAAUCGCUAUGCCCUGUACAUCGAGGAGUGCGGUGGUAUGGAGAAGAUUCACGACUGCCAAACGAACGCCAACGAGGAGAUCUACAUGAAGUCGUACAAUAUCAUUGAGAAAUACUUCUCCGAUGAUGAGGAGAAUGCGGACGAGGGAAUGAAUGCCCAGGCGACAUCCAAUGGUACAUUUGGCUUCGGCACUCAAGGUACUACCACUCAGGGUGGUUUCAACUUUGCCAACGGCGCCGACUCGAUGGACAUGUAAGACACAUGUGCGAAGAUAGCCACAUGGAUCUUUGACAACUCCAAUCACACUCAGUCUGUCACCAAACAUUUGACAGCAACCUGAGCAGUUCAUAGUCACCUCCGCAGGCAAACUGCA